AUGUCGCCCUCUCAGGUCACCCCUCAGCAGCCAGAUGACAUUCCUCCCAAUGAGAAGAGUCAGUAUCGGAUGAUCAAGGAAGCUGGAUUCAACGGCAUGCAUGAUUUCAUGUUAUCUUAUGGAUUGAAGCCGUACGAUUUCGAGGACUACGAUGAAGCGAAGGAGAUUUUAGACACCAUGAGACGGUAUGACCAGGAGUAUUGGGAAGCCGAGCAGCAGGAAGGAUCUCAAGAGCAGUACGAGGAGCAGGAAGAAGAAGAUAGCGAGCUCGACUCGGAGUAUUGCGAGCACAGGGGAGCAGAGCCGGAUGAGCAAGAAUAUGCGGGUUGGGAUGAAGGACCAAUUCCAUUCUAUCACGACCAGUAUGAAGGUUAUGAGGGAGGCCAGAGCCACUACGACUUCGAGGACUGCGAGGCAGACAUGAGUGAGCCACUCCAGGAGUGCUAUGACCAUCCAGACUAUGGAAUGGAUGAUGGGUUCUAUGAUGACUAUUAUGAUUGA